GCUGAGUUUAGUUUUUCUCGGAAGUCACAAACUCCUGCAAGCUUUUGUUUUUCUUUUGGAUUAGUUAAAGACUUUCACCGGUGGAGAAUGGCGUAGAUGAUUUUGUACCUGAAAUUUCCCAGAGGUCCCCCUGAAUGAUGCGGGUGCCGCUGUGGUUGUGUGUGUGUGUCCUGACGCUGGACAUGAGCGCGAGCCACACACUCUUCACCUGUGAGCCGGUUCGAGUGCAGUGGUGUGUCCAAAUGCCCUACAACACCACCUUCUUCCCCAACAUGCUGGAGCACUACGACCAGGACAUCGCUGCGCAGAAGAUGAAGCUCUUCAUGCCGCUGGCCAGCCUGCGCUGUUCUCCAGACGUGCAUCUGUUCCUGUGCCAGGCCUUCGUUCCCGAGUGCCGAGAUCACACACGCGUGCUGCGCCCGUGCCGAGAGCGGUGUGAGCGCGUGCAGAACGACUGUAGCAGAGACAUGCUAACCUUCGGGAUCAGCUGGCCGUCAGAGCUGCAGUGCGACCGAUUGGAGUCGUGCCGCUUUUCUCCGGAUGGUUCUGCCGUCUCCGCCGUAGAGGAACUGACCACAUCCAGAAGCUCGCCGUCGUCCGGUCGGGAUCUGGGGUUCUGGUGUCCGCUGCAUCUGAAGACUCGGACCGGUCAGGCCAGCUCUUUCCUCGGCGCUCGAGACUGCGCUCCGCCCUGCGAUAACAUGUUCCUGAAAGCACACGAGGUUCAGUUGGCUAAGACCUUCAUCGGCGUGUGCUCCGCCGUGUGCUUGUGCGCUACUCUCUUCACGUCGCUCACCUUCCUCAUCGAUGUCCAGCGGUUCCGUUACCCCGAGCGGCCCAUCAUCUUCUACUCCGUCUGCUACACGUGUGUGUCUCUGGUGUAUUUCAUUGGUUUUCUGCUGGACACGGAGGCGGCGUGCGUGGAGCCGAGUGUGCCGGGCCGCGCAGCUACGGUAGUGCUAGGAGCCCAGAGCCGCGGCUGCACGCUGCUCUUCAUGCUGCUCUACUUCUGCUCCACCGCAGGGAUGGUGUGGUGGGUCAUCCUCACCAUCACAUGGUUUCUGGCCGCAGGGCCCAAGUGGAGCUGCGAGGCCAUCGAGAAGAAGGCGGUGUGGUUCCACGCGGUGGCCUGGGGUAUCCCCGGAGCGCUUACGGUUUCGCUGCUAGCACUGGGGAAGGUGGAGGGAGACAGCGUGAGCGGCGUAUGCUUCGUCGGCCUUUACGAUCUGGCAGCACUACGCUGGUUCGUCGUGGCGCCGCUAGCCCUCGGGGUUCUGGUCGGCCUGUCACUGUUGCUCGCCGGCAUCGUGUCUCUGAACCACGUGCGGCAGGUGAUCCAGCACGACGAGCGCAACCAGGAGAAGCUGAAGAAGUUCAUGAUCCGCAUCGGCGUGUUCAGUGGCCUGUACCUGCUGCCGCUGCUGGUGCUGCUCGGCUGCUACCUGUACGAACAAGCCCAGCGCGAGUCCUGGGAGAACAGCUGGAUCCGCCGGCACUGCCAGGAGUUCAGCAUCCCUUGCUCCCGACGCAGUGUGGAUGUGGAGCGGCCUGAGCUCUCCCUGUUCCUCGUCAAGUAUCUGAUGACGCUGGUGGUGGGAAUAUCAGCCGUGUUCUGGAUCAGCAGUAAGAAGACCUGCUGGGAAUGGGCCUCAUUCUUCAAGAGAACGCGCAAGAAAGACCCCAUCAGCGAGAGCCGGCGUGUCCUGCAGGAGUCCUGCGAGUUCUUCCUCAAGCACAACAGCCGUGUUCAACAGCACAAGGCCAAACACUACAAGUCCUCCUCACACAAGCUCAAGGUCGUGUCCAAGUCCACGGGCACCAGCACAGGCAUGCACACACCCGUCACCGGUAACCAUGACUACGCGCCUGUCACCGGUAUCCAUGACAAAACACCCGUCUCCACGGCGAUCCACAACCACAGUGUGUGCGAUGCGCCUGGUUCCUCUGAACGCAUCGGGCCGACGGAGAGACGCAGUAGAGCCGACGCUGAAAGCGCACACAGGUUGACUCCCAAAGAUGAAGUGGAGGCUGGCCAGAGCUCCGCCCACUGCAGCAACAGCCAAUGAGAGCUCUGGGUGAGGCCUCUGGCUCCGCCCACUGCAGCAGCAGCAGCAGCCAAUGAGAGCUCAGGCAGAGAAUUCUGACUCCACCCCCACAGUAGUCUCUGUGCUUUCCAUGAUUGAUGUCCACAGCACUGGUCGUGAUGUUCACACAGGAUCCGUCUCGACUGACGGUUUUAUGAGUUUGUCAGUUGUGUUGUUGAUUUUUGCAGCUGUGUGAACAGGUUUGCACAUUCGUAACAUUUCCUAAGUCAUUCAUCACUGGAAAAGUCUUAACACUGACACUUGUGACCUGAAUCUUUAGAUGAAUGCCACCGAUAAGAUUCACUAUUAAAGCAGAAUUUCUACUAGUGCUCUGACUGUACGCCAAAGACCAAAUACAGCAAUAGUGUUUACUCGUAUUACCUUUCUCUGCCUUAAAGUUAAACUUAGUCUUCAAAUUAUAUUUAUGAAGAUUAACAGUUGUAUCUUAGCUUUUCUUUUUACAUAGCUUUUCUAAAAUGUAUUUGUAAUAUGUAUGAUAUAUAGAACUUAGGCAGUGUUUUUGUCAGGAAUGAAAGUGAGGCUGUGAGAGACUGAAGGACUGUUUAAUAACAAUGUUUUAAACUGUAAACACAACUGUUUCAUGCUGACAAAUAUCCUUCAAGUACCUUUAUACACUACUUUUCUAUUGUAAAGUCUUUAGUCUUUUUCAUCUGUCUGAUUUAAUAUGACUAAGGUUUAUUGAUGUUCAUUAUUAUGCCAGUUGUUUGGGGUUUUUUGCAUCUUGUAUAGUUACAAAAAUACUUACAUAAAGACUCAUAUCCUGCACAAUCGCUAUGUGCAGUAAAUAAAACGUGCACAACAACCUCGGGUGGAGGAGAGAAUAGGUCACUUGAUAGAUUUGGAUUAUCGUUGUAUUAAUCAUCAAUUGCAAUUGUGUGAUGAAUCCUUCAGAUGAAUUUCUGUCAUAUAUUUUACUAUAAUAUGUUCUUAGCAAAAACGUUAUCUUAUCAAAAUAAAGUCUGUAGAACAGCAUCAAUGCCAA